GCCCAUUGUACGUCUUCUCAAAUCAGCUCAGAUAUUAUUUCACGAACCAGCGAUUCCGCAAAAAUCAGAAUCAUCUGCCUGUAUCGAAAGGGGGCAUGUCUGACUCGGGGUCCCAACCUGCGAGCUUCAAACAGGAACCCCUGGACCUGACGAUGGAGGCCUGCGUGCAGAAUCGGGGGGGCACCGAGGAGGGGACCCCGACCCCCGACCCCGACCCCAGAGACGAAGAGCAAGACACUUCCGAUGAGCCAGAGGAGCCGGCUGAACUACGCCAGCAAGCAACCGCCAGUGUUGGCGCUGGAGAAGGUGAAGAUGUAUCGGGAUUGGGAGGAGGAGGGGGAGGAGGAGGAGGGGGGGUGGGAGGUCUCCACGCCUGCCCGCUCUGUGGGAAGUGUUUCAGCACGCCGUGGGUCCUGAAGCUCCACCAGGAACGCCACGGCCCGCACCCCUACAGCUGCCCAGACUGCGGGCAGUGCCUCACCCGGCGCGGCGAUGGCAGCAGCAGCUACUCCCUGCACCGCGAGUCCUGCUCCUGCCCCCGCCCCCCUGCCUCCCCCUCCCCCUCCCCCUCCCCCUACCGCUGCGCAGACUGCGGACGCAGCUUCAAGGACUUCACCUACUUCACCAACCACCAGAAGAUCCACCGCGGGCUCAGCCCCUUCUGGUGCCAGGUGUGCGGCAAAAACUUCGCCAAGGCCUCCCACCUCACCUCCCACCAGCGCACCCACUGCUCCCUGCGGCUGUACUCCUGCAGGGGCUGCGGGGAGAGCUUCCAGACCCCCUCCCUGAUGGGGGAGCACCAGUGCAAGGCUGGUAAGGGGGCUGAGAAGGCAGGAGGAGGGGAUGGGGAGCUGUACAGGUGCCCAGACUGCGACUCCCUUUUCGGUUCCCUCCCCAGCCUGGUUUCCCACCAGCAGUCGGUCCACCAGCUCUCGGACGAGCUGCCCUACCACUGCGAGACCUGCGGGGAACGCUUCGCGGGCGCCAGGGAGCUGGGGCGCCACGGCAAGACGCACAAGGCCAAGCGCCACGCCUGCGGGCAGUGCGGCAAGAGCUUCAGCUACUUCGCCAACUACUACAUCCACCAGCAGCUCCACAACGGCCGGCCCGACCUGGAGAGCAAGGGGCGCUGGCGGCACCGCUGCCGGGACUGCGACAGGAUAUUCUGGGAUGCGCGGGAGCUCAGGGAGCACAGGAAGGUCCACGGGGAGGCUGGGAGGCAGGAGGAGGAGGAGGAGGAGGAGGAGGAGGGGGAGGGAGGAUCGGAGAGGAGGAGGAGGAGGAGGAGGCAGAGGAGGACGAAUGAUAAGAAGGGGGAGGGAGCUUCUAAAGCAGCCAGCUUGGACAGCGUCAACAGCAAGGGGAGAGAGGAGGAGGAGGAGGAGGAGGGGCAGGACCGAGGAGGAAGAGGAGGAGAAGCUGAUAAAGAUGAUGCUGAAAUGGAAGAGAAGGAGGAGGAGGAGGGUAAGGACCAAGGAGGAAGAGGAGGAGAAGCUGAUAAAGAUGAUGGUGAAAUGGAAGAGAAGGAGGAGGAGGAGGGUAAGGACCAAGGAGGAAGAGGAGGAGAAGCUGAUAAAGAUGCUGAAAUGGAAGAGGAGGAGGAGGUGAAGAAGAGAGAAGGGAGGAAGCCGCUGAACGAGGGGCAGCACAGGUGCAGCUUCUGCGGCCUGAGGUUCAAGAAGAAGUGCCACCUGGACGACCACCUGCUCUUCCACAGCGGCCAGAAGCCGUACGUGUGCAGCGAGUGCGGGAAGAUCUUCAGCCACUACCCGUACUUCAAGAGCCACCUGGCGGUGCACCGCGGGGCCCGGCCCUUCGAGUGCGCGCACUGCGGGAAGGUGUUCUGCGUGGUCUCCCAGCUGAACCGCCACGCUCGCAUCCACACGGGGGAGAAGCCCUACAGCUGCAAGGUGUGCGGCAAGCGCUUCGCUGACAGCACCAACUGCAAGAGGCACCAGCGCUCGCACCUCAAGGACAGGCGGCAGGACCAGCCGCAGCUCCGCCGGGCCGGCAGGGAGAAGGGAGAGGGGGCCCCCGCCGCGCCCCGGCCGCCGGCUAAGAGGGGCCGCCCGUCACGCUCCAAGAAGGCAGCGCCGGAGCCCCACCUCCCUCAGUGAGACCCCCCCCUCCAGUCACAGCCCCCUGGAGGAGGAGGAGGAGGAGGAGGAGGAGGGGGGGCUGCAGGUGCGAGAGUCAAGGGGUGUGCUGACACGGGGGAGGGGGGGGGGCGAUGUGUAAAUAUAUAGAAUCUUUUUUUUUUUGCUCGAAUAACCCAACUUCCCCAAUGUUUAGGUGUGUUUGAAAACAAACAACGGAAAUACUUGUUCGUGUAUUUAUUUCAUUGUUUUAUUUUUUUGUUAAAAAAAAAAAAAAAGGGAACCCCCUCCUAGCAAAUCAAGCACGUGGUUUCAGACGGAGAGAUGAUAAUAUUAGCAGCGAGACUUUAAAAAAACAAAAAAAUGUUUUAAUUUCAAUUGAUCGCAGUGCUGCUCGGCCUUCUAGCACCUGGUACGGACAUUUCACUCGAGUACGUUUACAUACGUGAACGCAGAGCCCCAGGAAACGCGUCACAGCGACAGGGACACGCGAUUCUGACGCAGCGCGUCACGCCAAACAUGCAGAAAACACACAAAGAGGAUCCUGUUCUUGUUUAUUUUGUUAUUGAUGGCUUGUUUUGCCUCUUGGUUUUUAUAUGCAAGUGCUUGUGAAGGAAUUCACUGUAAAGCAGGCUUUAGUUGAGGCUGGGGCUGGUUUUAGUAUUCAGAAGAGAUUGAAUUCGAUGCUGUCUUCCCAGCCCUAGCAGCAGCCGUGUCACUUGCCUCCCCCCCCAUCUCUCUCUCCCCCUCUCUCUCUCCGUCCCCCUCUCUCCCUCCCUCUCCCCUCUCUCCCGUGUUGAUGAUGGUAGAGUCAUGAUGAAAUGUGUGCCCUCUCUCCCCCUCCCCUCUCUCCUGUGUUGAUGAUGGUAGAGUCAUGAUGAAAUGUGUACUCUCUCUCCCCCUCCUCUCCCCUCCCUCUCUCCCUCUCCCCUCUCUCCUGUGUUGAUGAUGGUAGAGUCAUGAUGAAAUGUGUACCCUCUCUCCCCCUCCCCUCCCCCUCUCCCUCCCCCUCCCCCUCCCCUUCCCCUCUCUCCCGUGUUGAUGAUGGUAGAGUCAUGAUGAAAUGUGUACCCUCUCUCCCCCUCCCCUCUCUCCUGUGUUGAUGAUGGUAGAGUCAUGAUGAAAUGUGUACCCUCUCUCCCCCUCCCCUCUCUCCUGUGUUGAUGAUGGUAGAGUCAUGAUGAAAUGUGUACCCUCUCUCCCUCCCUCUCCCCUCUCUCCUGUGUUGAUGAUGGUAGAGUCAUGAUUAAAUGUGUACCCUCUCUCCCCCUCCCCUCCCUCUCUCCCUCUCCCUCCCCCUCCCCCUCCCCUUCCCCUCUCUCCCGUGUUGAUGAUGGUAGAGUCAUGAUGAAAUGUGUACCCUCUCUCCCCCUCCCCUCUCUCCCGUGUUGAUGAUGGUAGAGUCAUGAUGAAAUGUGUACUCUCUCUCCCCCUCCUCUCCCCUCCCCUCUCCCUCUCCCCUCUCUCCUGUGUUGAUGAUGGUAGAGUCAUGAUGAAAUGUGUACCCUCUCUCCCUCCCUCUCCCCUCUCUCCUGUGUUGAUGAUGGUAGAGUCAUGAUGAAAUGUGUACCCUCUCUCCCCCUCCCCUCCCUCUCUCCCUCUCCCUCCCCCUCCCCCUCCCCUUCCCCUCUCUCCCGUGUUGAUGAUGGUAGAGUCAUGAUGAAAUGUGUACCCUCUCUCCCCCUCCCCUCUCUCCUGUGUUGAUGAUGGUAGAGUCAUGAUGAAAUGUGUACCCUCUCUCCCUCCCUCUCCCCUCUCUCCUGUGUUGAUGAUGGUAGAGUCAUGAUGAAAUGUGUACCCUCUCUCCCCCUCCCCUCCCUCUCUCCCUCUCCCUCCCCCUCCCCCUCCCCUUCCCCUCUCUCCCGUGUUGAUGAUGGUAGAGUCAUGAUGAAAUGUGUACCCUCUCUCCCCCUCCCCUCUCUCCUGUGUUGAUGAUGGUAGAGUCAUGAUGAAAUGUGUACCCUCUCUCCCCCUCCCCUCUCUCCUGUGUUGAUGAUGGUAGAGUCAUGAUGAAAUGUGUACCCUCUCUCCCCCUCCCCUCUCUCCCGUGUUGAUGAUGGUAGAGUCCUGAUGAAAUGUGUACCCUCUCUCCCCCUCCCCCUCUCUCCCGUGUUGAUGAUGGUAGAGUCAUGAUGAAAUGUGUACCCUUUCUCCCCCUCCCCUCCCCUCCCCUCCCCUCCCCUCCCCUCCCCCCUCUCUCCCGUGUUGAUGAUGGUAGAGUCAUGAUGAAAUGUGUACCCUCUCUCCCCCUCCCCCUCCCCUCUCUCCCAUGUUGAUGAUGGUAGAGUCAUGAUGAAAUGUGUACCCUCUCUUCCCCUCCUCUCCCCUCCCUCUCUCCCCCUCCCCUCUCUCCUGUGUUGAUGAUGGUAGAGUCAUGAUGAAAUGUGUACCCUCUCUCCCCCUCCUCUCCCUCUCCCCCCUCCCCUCUCUCCCGUGUUGAUGAUGGUAGAGUCAUGAUGAAAUGUGUACCCUCUCUCCCCCUCCUCUCCCUCUCUCCCCCUCCCCUCUCUCCUGUGUUGAUGAUGGUAGAGUCAUGAUGAAAUGUGUACCCUCUCUCCCCCUCCCCUCCCUCUCUCCCCCUCUCCCUCUCUCCCGUGUUGAUGAUGGUAGAGUCAUGAUGAAAUGUGUACCCUCUCUCCCCCUCCUCUCCCUCUCUCCCCCUCCCCUCUCUCCUGUGUUGAUGAUGGUAGAGUCAUGAUGAAAUGUGUACCCUCUCUCCCCCUCCCCUCCCCUCCCCUCUCUCCCGUGUUGAUGAUGGUAGAGUCAUGAUGAAAUGUGUACCCUCUCUCCCCCUCCUCUCCCCCUCCCCCUCCCCUCUCUCCCGUGUUGAUGAUGGUAGAGUCAUGAUGAAAUGUGUACCCUCUCUCCCCUCUCCCCUCCCUCUCUCCCCCUCCCCCCCUCCCCCUCCCCUCUCUCCCGUGUUGAUGAUGGUAGAGUCAUGAUGAAAUGUGUACCCUCUCUCCCCCUCCCCUCCCCUCUCUCCCGUGUUGAUGAUGGUAGAGUCAUGAUGAAAUGUGUACCCUCUCUCCCCCUCCUCUCCCCCUCUCCCUCCCCUCUCUCCCGUGUUGAUGAUGGUAGAGUCAUGAUGAAAUGUGUACCCUCUCUCCCCCUCCCCUGUAUUGAUGAUGGUAGAGUCAUGAUGACAUGUGUACCCUCUCUCCCCCUCCUCUCCCCUCCCCCUCUCCCCUCUCUCCUGUGUUGAUGAUGGUAGAGUCAUGAUGAAAUGUGUACCCUCUCUCCCCCUCCUCUCCCUCCCCCUCCCUCUCCCCUCUCUCCUGUGUUGAUGAUGGUAGAGUCAUGAUGAAAUGUGUACCCUCUCUCCCCCUCCCCUCCCCUCCCCUCUCUCCCGUGUUGAUGAUGGUAGAGUCAUGAUGAAAUGUGUACCCUCUCUCCCCCUCCCCUGUGUUGAUGAUGGUAGAGUCAUGAUGACAUGUGUACCCUCUCUCCCCCUCCUCUCCCCUCCCCCUCUCCCCUCUCUCCUGUGUUGAUGAUGGUAGAGUCAUGAUGAAAUGUGUACCCUCUCUCCCCCUCCCCUCCCCUCCCCUCCCCUCUCUCCCGUGUUGAUGAUGGUAGAGUCAUGAUGAAAUGUGUACCCUCUCUCCCCCUCCUCUCCCCCUCUCCCUCCCCUCUCUCCCGUGUUGAUGAUGGUAGAGUCAUGAUGAAAUGUGUACCCUCUCUCCCCCUCCCCUGUGUUGAUGAUGGUAGAGUCAUGAUGACAUGUGUACCCUCUCUCCCCCUCCUCUCCCCUCCCCCUCUCCCCUCUCUCCUGUGUUGAUGAUGGUAGAGUCAUGAUGAAAUGUGUACCCUCUCUCCCCCUCCUCUCCCUCCCCCUCCCUCUCCCCUCUCUCCCGUGUUGAUGAUGGUAGAGUCAUGAUGAAAUGUGUACCCUCUCUCCCCCCUCCCCUCUCUCCCGUGUUGAUGAUGGUAGAGUCAUGAUGAAAUGUGUACCCUCUCUCCCCCUCCCCUCUCCCCUCUCUCCCGUGUUGAUGAUGGUAGAGUCAUGAUGAAAUGUGUACCCUCUCCCCCUCCUCUCCCUCUCUCCCUCUCCCCUCUCUCCUGUGUUGAUGAUGGUAGAGUCAUGAUGAAAUGUGUACCCUCUCUCCCCCUCCCCCUCUCCCCUCUCUCCCGUGUUGAUGAUGGUAGAGUCAUGAUGAAAUGUGUACCCUCUCUCCCCCUCCCCUCCCUCUCUCCCCCUCUCCCUCUCUCCCGUGUUGAUGAUGGUAGAGUCAUGAUGAAAUGUGUACCCUCUCUCCCCCUCCUCUCCCCUCCCCCUCCCCCUCCCCUCUCUCCCGUGUUGAUGAUGGUAGAGUCAUGAUGAAAUGUGUACCCUCUCUCCCCCUCCCCUCCCUCUCUCCCUCUCCCCCUCCCUCCCCCUCUCCCCUCUCUCCCGUGUUGAUGAUGGUAGAGUCAUGAUGAAAUGUGUGCCGCAUGCAGUGAAGGACUGGCUGGCCACCCUGGCCACUGCUGGACUGUGCUAAUAAAAAUGCUGCUGUUA